AUGGCGGCAUACGUCAAGCAGCUGCUGAGUCUGAUCUGGGCAAACCCUACUCACGCCCCAGACGGCAAGACAGAUGCACAAGCAGCGGCAAAGACCAAGGUCGACCAGACGUCAUUCCUUCAUGAUAUCACCCGCCUGAAGGCUAAAGACCUUCCCACAGUGCUUCAAGGCUUGACGACAAUCGCGAGCGGAGAACCUAUCGACGACAAGGAUCUUUUACUCGAACAUGGCAUCUCCCUGCUGCAGUCCUUGCCCACCAACAGUGGGCUCAGCCAUAGCGUUGGCAAUUCGCUCAUCAAUCUGCUUUGGCGUGAUCUACCUCAUCCACCAGGAACUCUCGCUGGGCCUGACACCAAGUAUAGAAGGCAUGAUGGAAGUGGAAACAGUAUCUGGAGUCCAGAUAUGGGCAAAGCUGGAUCUCCAUACAGUCGAAGUGUUCCAGCCAUGCAACCAAAGGGUCCAAAUCUUCCGGACCCUGAGCUCGUCUUCGAGCAUCUGCUCAAACGGAAAGGCCCGUUUAGGCCGCACCCCUCUGGACUGAACCGAUUGUUCUUCUCGUUUGCAACGAUUGUCAUUCACGAGUGCUUUCAAACGUCGCGACAGAAUCAGUGGAUCAAUGAGACGACUAGCUACCUCGAUCUCAGCACGCUUUAUGGAAACACGGAAAAGGAACAGAAGCGUGUGCGCACGUACAACAAGGGGUUAAUUUACCUGGAUUCGAUUGCUUCAGAGAGGAUUAUGCUGAUGCCGCCUGGUGUCAUUGCUGUCCUGUUACUGUUCUCAAGGAACCACAAUCAUAUAGCAGAGAACCUGCUGUCCAUUAAUGAGGCUGGCAAGUAUGGUGAAUGGGACACCUUGUCUGCUGAGCAAAAGAAAUGGCAAGACGAAGAUAUUUUUCAGAUUGCUCGAAACAUCAACGUUGGCUUCUUCGUGACGGUGGUGCUCAGGGACUACGUUGCGGCGAUAUUGAACACUCCACGCGCCAACUCUGAGUGGUCCUUAGACUUCAACGCCGAGAUCAAACUUGCAGGCUCUCGUGUCGAACGAGGUGUAGGAAAUGUUGUCUCCGUCGAAUUCGCAGUGCUCUACCAUUGGCACGCCGCUCUCAGUGCAGGAGACGCGAAUUGGAUGGAGGACCUGAUUCGUGAGAACCUGACGGAGCUCAAAUCACUCGAUGACAUGACACCGGAAAUGUUCUGGAAAGUUGUGAAGCAGGAAGGCCACAAGCUGAUGUCAACUGAGCCCAGAUUGUGGACUUUUGGUGGUAUCUCGAGAGGGGGGGAUGGCAGAUUCAGCGAUGCUGAUCUUGGUAAGAUCAUAAAAGACUGUAUCGAGGAGCCCGCUCACGCCUUUGGAGCUCAUGGCUGUCCGGCAAGUAUGAAAGUCAUUGAGGUGAUGGGUAUGCUUCAGGCCAGAGAGGUUUUCAAUGUUUGCACCCUCAACGAGUUCCGGAAAUACCUCAAUCUCAAACCGUACGAGACUUUUGAAGACUGGGCCGAGGACGAAGACACUGCCAGAGCGGCCGAGCUCUUAUACGGCCAUAUCGACAACCUCGAACUGUAUCCAGGUCUCCAAGCAGAAUGCACCAAACCAGCAAUGCCAGGAAGCGGAGUCAGCCCUUCGCACACCACCGGGCGAGGCAUUCUCGACGACGCCGUGGCUCUUGUACGAGGAGAUCGCUUCCUUACAUACGACUUCAACAGCAGCACGCUCACACACUGGGGUGUUUCCAAGCUUUCCGAAACCGCACCCGGUGCGUACGGAGGCAUGCUUCCCAAAAUGCUCUUCAAUGCCCUCCCAGGCGAAUUCACCGGCACGUCAACGUACGCUUUGCUCCCAUUCUACACGCCUCAAGCAGCCAAGGGCAUCCUCAAAGGCAACAAAGUCAUCGAGAAGUACGACCUUAAGCGUCCCGCAAGCGGCGUGGUCACGAUCGUCGGCAUCCACACACAAGAAGGCCUGAAGACGGUCACGCAAGACCGCGACACCUUCCGCACAAUCUACGACUCGGCGAUCCGCACCAUCGCCAACAACCACGGCUUCCUCCUCGGCUGGGACGAGCAAAAGCGCCACGACGAGCGCCACGCCAUCCUUCACCGCGCCUUCUUCGAAGACGACUUCGACGCCAACAUCACACGCUUCUUCCGCGAGCGAACCCGCACGCUCAUCGCCAACAGCUCGCUGCACUACGCCGACUCUCGACGCUCAAUCGACAUUGUCCGAGACGUCACCAACGUCGUCCCUGUAUUGUGGGCUGCCGAACGUUUCGCCAUCCCCUUGAAGACGGCCGACCACCCACGCGGCUUGAUCAGCCUGGCGCAGCUCUUCGACAUAUACCUCGUCCUCUUCGUAUCGCAGACGUUCAACAUCCUCCCUCAGAACGAAUGGAAGCUGCGCGAGGCCGCCCAGACCGUCGCACCGCUACUGCGAUCGAUCUUCGAAACACAUCUCAGGACCCAGGCCGGCGGGCCCCAAGAAGCAGUGGUCGACUGGCUGGCCAAGGGAUCUGCGUUCGAAGUCGGUCCCGAUGCCGAUCGUUUGUACCAUGCACUCCGCGCAUCAGACCUACCCAUCGGCGACCUCGCGGCAGACUGUAUCGGCCUUGGCACGCCCAUCGUGGGCACGAUAACCCAACAAGCGUCCCUUUUGAUCGACCUCUACCUGAGCGAGGGCUACGAGACGUACAAGGACCGCAUCGUCGAACUGGCCCGUCAAGACCGUCAAGAUAAUACACUGUCACAAGAUGCAGCAGCAGCGGCAGCAGCGGCGGCAGCGGCCGAUCGUGAACUGUUGGGAUUUGUGUACGAAGGCAUGCGCCACGCCGGCUUCAUGCCCGGGCUGCCACGCAUGGCUGCGCGCGACGUCACUGUCCAAGAUGGUGCCAGGGGCCCCGUGCAUAUCAAAGCCCAUCAGAUCGUCCUUGUCGCCAAUUCCAAAGCGGCCAUGGACCCCGUGGCCUUUCCGGACCCUCAAAGGUUGGACCCCACCCGGCCGUUGAGUGCUUAUACCCUGUUCGGGCACGGAAUGCACAAGUGUUUCGGAGAGCGGAUGACGGGCAAAGCCUUGGUCGCGAUCUUGAGGGAGGUGUUCAAGUUGCCGAAUUUAAGACGGGCGAAUGGCCGCGCUGGUAGGUUUAGUAUUGUUGAGCAUGAGGUUGCCGGCGUGAAGCUAAGGGCGUAUCUGGAUGGGAAUAGCAAGGAGAGUGUGGUGCCGACUAGUUUGCGACUUAUAUAUGACGACGAGUGA